AUGAGCUCUUCUCAACCAGAGAGCCAGCCGCUGCUGCCCAGUUCUCCAACCAAGGUCAUAGCUUUCGAGCCCCACGAUCCAGACGACCCCCGGAACUGGUCGAAAGCGCGCAAAUGGCUAAUGGUCGCCGCCAUCGUACCCAUAGACCUCAGCGUCUCUUGGGGCGCGAGUGGCUUUAGUCCUGUCGCGAGCGACUUUGCGAAAGACAUGGGCGUGUCGCCGAGCGUCGCUGUUCUUGGACUGAGCAUAGCACGGGCCCUACGACAGCAAACAGGCGACGAUGAGAUUGAGGUACCGGACGAAAUGAAGCAACGAGGACCGAAGCAGCUGUUUACUACGGCACUCGCCCGCCCAUUCAGGUUCUUGGGUUCUGAAGCUAUCGUACAGUUUGGUGCACUCUACAACGGGUUUCUAUACGGCUUGAGCUUUCUCUUCAACGGUGCCUUCCACAUGAUCUUUGGCCCGAACGGAUACGGUUUCGAUACUAUCGGUGUCGGGAUCUCCUUCCUGGGGAUUGUUGUCGGUAUCACGCUUGGCCUAGCGACGAACGCCUUUCAAGAACGAUACUACCAAAGACAAGUUGCUCAGGCCGGCCAUCGUGACGUCCCCGAGGCUCGAGUGCAUCAUGCGAAGCUGGCAGCUAUUGUGCUACCAGUCUCUCUUCUGGCUUUCGCACUCACCGCAACGCCAAACAUACACCCCUUCUUCGCAGUCCUCGCCAGCGCGUUCUGGGGAUGGUCAUUCUACACUCUCAUUCUCAUGACGCUCACGUACACCGAGGACGCCUACAAGACGUACUCAGCAUCAGCUCUUGCCGGAAUUGGACUCAUUCGGAAUCUCGCUGGUGCUGGGUUCCCACUCGUCGGGAGACAUCUGUUCUUGAACAUAGGCACCAGGAACGCGAGUCUGGUACUGAUGGCGAUCGCCAUCUGCCUAGCGCCAAUACCAUUCGUGCUUGAGAGAAGAGGCGUAUCAUUGCGCAAGAGAAGCCCAUGGGCGGCCGCGCAUGAAGAUGAGGAUGAAAAUAGCUGA